UUCAAAAAGAACGUUAAUGAAACGGACUUACGGCAUUGUGUUCAGCUCUUAUAAGCCAAAUAAGAUUAGACGUGUGUUACAUUUCUCGACAUUUCGAAAGUUUAAGUUCUUCACAGUCGCCGUUAGUAGUACUAAAAACACAAGAAACAAAGAAAAAUGAACCCGGACGAACCUUCGACUUCUUCAAAAAGAAAACCUAGAAAGAGAACUCACAGUAACAUAGAACUUGAAGUAGAAAGUGAACAAACGAAACAGCAAGAACACGAUGUGCCGAUACAAAAGAAAGAGGCAAAGGAACGCCAAGCAACAAAUAUUCUUGACUGCCCAGAUAUACUUUUACUUCGUAUAUUCCUACAUGUAGACGAAGAAGAUUUGAGAAAUCUCAGAUUGUUACGCCAGAGAUGUCAACAAAUAUUAUUUGUUCCCCAUGUCCAAUCUCUUCUUGACACAAACAAAUUUGAAGAAAUACUCAUGUACAGAAACAAUCAGUUUCAAAACUAUUUGUUGUCAAAUAUUAGUCGCUGUAUAAGUAGAUGUACUAAUUUGAAGAUAUUACAUAUUAGACAUUAUUCACAUGUUACAAGAAAGGAUAUCAAUAUCCAGUCGUCGACAUUAUCAAACUUGGUAGAGUUGGAUAUAACUGGUUGUUCUGUAACUUUGGAGGAUGUUAAACAUUUUAAGUCACGAAGACCUAAGUACGCCAAAGAAAAAGAAGCAACCACAAAAGAUGACAAGUCGUAAUACUAUUGAAAUCAAA